AAAUUUACUGACCUUAUGGUUAAAGAUGAGAGAACUGGGACUUGCUAUCGUGCCGAUCACUUGCUCAAGGACUUCUGCAGUGAAAAGCUUCAAAAAGACCUUUCCAUAACUGCCAAGGAGGCUGCAGAACUGAAGCGCAUACUUGCUAUUUUGGAUGAUCUUUUAGCUGAAGAGCUGGGUGCCAAACUUAAGGAGUAUGGAAUUACAGCUCCAGACACUAAGAAUCCACUUUCUGAUCCAUAUCCAUUCAAUCUUAUGUUCCAAACAUCAAUAGGCCCAUCUGGCUUGAGCCCUGGGUUCAUGCGGCCAGAAACUGCACAGGGCAUAUUUGUUAACUUCAGGGACUUGUACUAUUACAAUGGGAACAAGCUUCCUUUUGCUGCUGCUCAAAUUGGCCAGGCUUUCAGAAAUGAGGUUCUUAAUUUUCUUAUCUUUGGACUUUAGCACUUAUGUUUGCAUAGGA